AGUCCACGUUUCCUCUGCUUUGGAUUCACAAGUCUUUUAGAGAGUGUGGAGGCAAGACUAAUGUGGUGUGAUGUCUGAGGGUACUAAUCAGAGAAGAAUGAGGUUACAACAAAAAAUCUGCCUUCAGAUUAUUUUGUGGCUCUGGUUUGACAACAUACUGCAGGAUGUUUCUGGAGGCACACGUUCAAAAACUACCUCGUCUGUUGAUGUCAACCUAAUGUUUGAGUUUCUGCUGGGUGGAGUAGUGAUAGACCAGGACAGCAACGUCCUCCUGCUGGAUAAGGAGAUGGCAUCGAUGAGGCAGGGGCGGGAAUUCUUGUCUCAGAUCAAUGAUGACAUUCCAAAAAGUCUGAGUUCCAUGUCGCUCAUGGUGAGCACACUAGAGGCUCGUCAGAAAACCCGCCUGACUCAGUCUGAGUUUGACAAUCUUGUCCUGAGCAUGGUGUACUCAGCUCACCAGGCUCAGAAGAGCAGAGAUAAGCGUGAAGCUUGGGGUGGAAUGCUCCUGCAGCUGGCAAACAUCACAGUCUAUGAACUACGUGGAAGUUUUCUUUUCUCUUCUUAAUCCAUAAGCUUAUACUUACAGUAAAAUAAAAGUGUGUGGCACUAGUCAGCUGCUUUGAAUCAGUUUGUUUUGGGUAUUCAUAACUAAUUAUGCAUGUAGUAAAAGAUCUGCUAAGA